UUUUCACACACUGCAAUAAUUUAAUUUAACUUGUGCAAUAACCCCAUUCACCCUGACUGUAUAUAUUCUGUUUGUGUAAAUAAUCUUGUUCAGUUUACAAUAUAUAUAUGUAUAUAUAUAUAUAUUAUUACGUUUAUGUUUGUUAAUAAUUCCUGUUUAUUUAACUAUAUAUUUGUUAAUACUACUGUUUAAAUUUCUUAUAUUUUCGCGUAUCUUUCCUCUCUUGCAAGGAGCACCUGUAACAUAAAUAAUUUCCCCUCGGGGAUCAAUGAAGUAUUUCUGAUUCUGAUUCUGAUUCUGAAAUAAAGGAGCCACACAGACAGAAGCAGGACUUUGGGAGAGUUUAGAAGGAAAACCUAUAUUACCAAAAAAUUUAUUUAGAUUUGCUGCGAUAUUGAGUCAUGGGAAUACCCAUGUCUCAACAGGAGGGAUGGUAUCCACAAUAGAGAACAUAUUUACUCCAUAUGGAUUUCAAAACUACUCAAAAAAAUUUUGUGCCUCAUGAUCAAUAUGCUCUAAGCAUAAUGCUCAAGGUAGACUAUGUCCAAAACCAGGUAAAUUCCCAGAAGCAACUUACCCAUUUCAUUGUAUCUGUAUGGAUUUUAUUGAAUUAAAUAGAGCUGAAGGAAAGAAAUACUGUUUAGUGAGCAAUGAUGCAAUAACUGUAGCCAAAAUCUUAGCUACAGUAAUAGCUCCAAGGUAUGGUUUUCCAGAGAAGAUUUAUUGUGAUAAUGGUCCUCAUUUUAGGAAUCAAGUAAUACAAAGACUAUCUGGAAUAUUUUCAAUCCAACUCAGGUUCCAUUGUAGCUAUCAUCCACAGUCAGCUGGACUGGUGGAAAGAAACAAUGGAACUAUUAAAGCAAAACUAAGAAAGGCUAUGGAAGAAACAGGGAAAAGUUGGGUAACAUGUCUACCAGCUGUAGCAUUAAGCUUACACAUUCAACCCAACAGUACAGGAUUAUCACCAUUUGAAAUAUUACAUGGAAGGCCAUUCAGGGUACCGCUAAUAGAUACAAAGGGAGAUGAUACUGGAUUGACUGAAACAAUUGUAGACUACAUGUCAAAAAUGAUGAAGAACAAGAGUGUUAUGUCUACAGUAUCUCCUCCAAUAGAUCCAGCACCAACAGGAGGGCCAAUAAACCCAGGAGACUGGGUGUUUAUCAAAGUCCUGAGGCGAAAGAAUUGGUCAGCUCCACGCUGGGAAGGGCCCUAUCAAGUAUUACUGUCUACACCCACAGCAGUCCGCAUAGCUGAAAGACAGACGUGGAUCCAUCUCACAUACUGCAAAAGAGCACAAAUACCACUGUCAGAUAAGUAGAAGCAUUCACCAUGCCGAAAUUAAAACUAUGUGUAAUAACUGUUUUAUGUGUGACCACAAUUGCAUUCCUUAUCUUAAAUAUAGUGACACAAGGCCAGGUACAUGAUAAAAUGAGGGAAAGAGCUAUAGGAACACAAUCCAGGUAGGACACUAGGAGAGGUGCAGUGAUAAUACAAUGUACUGAAGGGAUAAAUUGCAUUGCUCAGAUUGCUGUUGUCCUUGCUCAGGACAACACUCUUAUUGGCUGGGAUCAGAAAAAUAUAUCUGUAUCACCACAGUUGCAUGCACCACAUAUAGAAGUGUGUGGGGUAAAACUGUUAACAGGUAUGGGUGUGGAUGCGAGAAGUGGAAUUGGGUAAUUGCUAAUACAGGAACACAGGAUUGGGGAUACAACUCGAAAUCUGAAUUAAAAAAUCGACUGACAAUUAUCAAGAUGAUGCCAGACACUUGUAAAACAAACUACUGCAAUCCUGUAAUAAUAACGCUCAAGACUCCCAAACACAUUGACAACGGAACAUAUGUGUUGGGAGCAUGGGUGAGCGGAACAAAUCCAGUUGGGAUAUUUCAUAUAACAGUGUCGCCAAACCCGAGGAAUUAGAUAACAUCUGUAACAGCCACACCAACCACACCGACUUCGAUGAAAAAUAAUCCCGUAAAAUAUAUACUGUAGAUGUAAAAAACAUAAAGGAAACGUAUACCCUAGAAAUGGGAUACACAGACUCAAAUGUAUGGCUACAAUGGAUUGUUCAUACAGCCCGAAACAGCAAGUUUUCCUCCUGCAGCUGUCUAGCCUGCGCAGCAGCCAGGCCGGGGUUAGGCACAGUGCCUUUUCCCCUUAAUCCCGAUAAUGAUCCAAAAGGGUUUCGCUGCAUGCUAGAUUUAUACAAAUCAGAUAGUGCUACAAACUGCACCAUAUUGAAACUUUUGUUCCCACCAGUGUCACCACAGAUUAAACCACCUUGGUUUACCCCGUACACUGGAAAUUAUACCUGCUUGACACGAAGUAAAGGUACCGUGUCAGUAGGGAUGUUGACAACCUGUAAUACCAUCAUUGAUGUAAUUAAGGGCGAGAGCAAUGUCACUGAUGGUGUAGUGAAUGAUCAAACCAUGGCCAGAGCUGAUGUAUGGUGGUUCUGCGGAGGUAAGACACUCAGAGCAAAAUUACCAACUGACUGGAAGGGAACUUGUGCCAUGGUACAGUUACUAAUGCAAACAUACAUUUUACCAUAUGACACGACGACAUUAGAGAAAGUGACGACACAUAAUUCACAUAUUACAAAGAGAAAUGCACCAGCAGGAUCGUUUGAUAACAAAGUUUAUAUAGAUGCAAUUGGUGUUCCUCAAGGUGUUCCAGACGAGUUUAAAGCCAGAAAUCAGGUAGCUGCAGGGUUUGAAUCACUCCUGGCUUGGUGGGUAACCGUUAAUAAAAAUGUGGAUUGGAUAAAUUAUGUGUAUUAUAAUCAACAGAGAUUUCUUAAUUUCACUAAGGAAGCAAUUGGGGGCAUACAUCAACAGUUAGAUAAGACUAGUUUAAUGGCAUGGCAGAAUAGGAUGGCGUUAGACAUGUUGUUGGCUGAAAAAGGAGGAGUAUGUAGAAUGUCCCUUGGUUUUGCAUUCACAUUGCAAUUCUGUGAGCGGACUUAAGAACUUUACAUGACAUGGUUACGUUCAUCUACGUGGGUUGCGUCACCUUAUAUUUGACAUUGAUUGGUUUAUAAAUGGGCGGGGGUCUGACGUCAGCAUGUCAAGUAGGCGGUUAGAAAUCCCCUCAAUGUUUACAAACAUUACCUCACGAAAAUGGACGAACCGAUUCUAAUAAUCGCCACACUACUCAUACUAUUAUGGCAUUGCUAUCAGCUGCAGCACCAACGUAGAGCACAAUACUCGUGGCUCGUACAAAAACGAAAUAUAAAUCUCUACCUUGUGUGAAGAUGUCAUCGUCGCCCGCACGAAGGAGGAGGAGGAGGAGACAGCUAGCAAUGUUAGCAAUGCUGAGAGCCCUGCCAACUCGGGAGCGACCAGUGUCAAGGUGAGUGACCAUAGACGGCUCAUUUGGUUACACCCCGCCCUUCCGCACACUCAAUCACAGAUCCGCUCCGACCAGCCUCCCCCUGCAAGUACAGCUCCACUCGGCUUAUUGCUGUCAUGGAUAGGCCUACAUCGUUGCUUCUCUGGUGAUAUGCUGUGAUAAGGCUUUAAAAUUGUAGCCGUGGGUAUAUGCUCAUUAUAUCACAGUUAAGAAACAAUCAGAUUGACUGAUUUCACCUUUCCGUUUUAUAAGUGCAUUUAAUAUAUUUACUCCAGAUUAUCACUAGUCUGUCUGACCAGAGGGGGGGGACAACACGUAUCCGUGCGAGUGCAGCCAGGAGUUGGGAUUUCAGCACCACGGACAGCGCGCGUAAAAAGACUUGACAAGCGUCUCCUUUUAACUGUGUUUGCUGCUAGCGAAAUUAUACAUAAUAAAUGAAGACAGUGAAAUAUUUUCAAUAAAAAACGAGUUGAACAUUCAUUUCAAGCUUCUGUAGUACAACGAAUUUCAGAAUUGUGCGAGUGUGGCCAGAGAGCGGGCGGCAGUGUUUGAUGCAGGAAACUCGAUAUGGACUUGAAAAUCAGUUUCGGAGCGGCGGUGUUUCGGAAUGUAGGGCUGUCCCCAGCUCAUUUUUGAUGGUGGACUUGACUUCUCUCCUGGCGGAUAUGAACAACCAGCACACCAGAAUUUCCUGUCAAUGGUCUGAAAGUCCGUACCAUCCAAAAAAAUGCUUUCACACUAGUAACGGACUGGACCAUGGUUCCGUUUGGUCCGGACCGAGACCACCUCUUUUGGCCUGACCAAAUUUCGGCCAGUGGUCUGGGGGUAGUUUUCACACCUUCGGACCAAACUGGAAAGUCCAAAAGUCCGGACCAAACGACCUAGGUGUGAAAAGGCCCUUAGAAGACUUGAUUUGAAAUGCACAUUUCAAAACCCUUAUAUUAACUUUAGUUGAAAUUCCGAAGGCAUUCUACCCAAAGUGAGGAUGGUGGAUUUUGUCACCCAUCACUUUAGAUGGAUUAGAAAGAUAUUUUUUUUAAGGCGAGUAUGGGAGAAGGGACUAUUGAAAUUACAAGCACUGGGAGUGUGAGUAUUGUUUCAAGACAGACUUGAAAAAUGGAUUAACCUAAACCUAGAUUCACACAUUAAUGGACAUGGCCCUGUCAAAGCCUUGUGUUAUAAUUGCUGAGACACAUCAAGGUCAGAAUACUUGAACUGUAUGUGUGGUGUAGCUACUGUGUCAUGUAUUUCUUAAUGACUGAAUCGUCAGCAUCUGUCAUAGUUGGUGGCUAAAAGGUCUGCUAAUGUGAAAUUGACAAUCUAAGUUUUGCCCUCCAUUGCCAUCACAGAGUCACAGCUUUGGCAAAGACAGACAAGGGCCCAUCAGGCCAUGAUGGAUGGCCACUCUGAUGAAGAGGACACAGCCAGGACCAUAGUGACAGGAAAUGAGACAGUUGUCACUCCUCCCUUGACAGUUCAAUCACAGAAUCCACCCAUCAUAUUCAGGCAAGUUCAAAUAAACACAAGAAAUUUGUGCUCUAGAAAAAGGAUCAGCACUCGGUGAAUAACCUCCUCAGCCCUAUGAUAAGCUAUUAUGGCAAGGCUUAACUAUACAGACCAGUGAGCAGUGAUAACUAACACGUCUUUGGAGUCAUCAGGUGGGAACUUCCUUUCACCAGUGUUUUGUCUAGUUGGUCCCACGACACCUCCAGGAGGCUAGACAGUAAUCUCUGGCAUCCCAGAAACACUCCCCUAAUGCCGUUUGGUCUGGCGAAAAAUUUGAUAUUUUGGCAGUGUUGUAUGUGAACGGGGCCAAAUGGCGACAUAGCUCCCCCUAGAAAAUUUCGUGCCUCGAGCCCCGCCUGUGAGUUUCACCUACACGCAUGAAAAUUGGUGGGCUCAUAGAACAUGCCAAGACGCACAAAAAAUCCUCUUGGACCCAUGCCAUAAACCCAACAGGAAGUCGGUCAUUUUGAUUUGAAGUUUUGACAUGUUUGAAUGAACUCCUCCUAGGGAUUUAGUCCGAUUGACUUCAAAUUUGGUACAGAUCAUCCUGAGAACAUACUGAUCAAAAGUUAUUAAAAGCUUUUCUCUAUGUCAAGGGGCGUGGCCGCUAGGGCGUGACAAACUUUGGCGACUUUUCGUUUUCUCGCCAUCGAAUUUCGAACGGACCUCACGUCCACAUACUUGAUCUCAGCAGCUUCAAACUUGCUGGACAUGAUGAUGGCUUCGCCCUGAAUGGCCAGAUAUAUUAAUAUCCCACCUUACUCAUAGCGCCCCCGGUGGUAAUAGGAAGUGUCCAGUUUUUACUUUAACAUGUACUGGUGACACAAACUUGACCGCAUCAACUUCAUUCCACUUGUAAUGCAUGCAGAACAAGUUGGUGAAGCUACCUUAUGAGUGCUGUGAAGCUACGUCUAAUGGUGUCCAUGUGGCGGCGUGGCGACUAUCGAUCCCUCGCCAGCAAAUACGUUUGGCUUUUUGAUAGCUUCAACGAUCUCAUAUCCUCAUGAAAAUUGAUACACAGGUCAAGAAUGGCGAGCUCUUGCAUCUGAUAGGGGCGCUGCCCAUGGGGGGACAAAAUGCCUCUAUAGCGCCCCCUUGAAAUUUUCAAAAACCCCUCCCCAUAGGGUUUUUUUUGGGGUAGGAAGAUGAAAAUUGGUACGUGUAUGUCACCCAGACGCACAAAAAAGUCUCUGCCACCAAUGGUCUACUCCAAACAGGAAGUCGGCCAUUUUGAUUUAAACUUUUCAUGUUGGUGGUGAUUUUGUGAUUUCGACACCUUGUAUUUUGACGAACUCCUCCUACAGAUUUUGUCCAAUCAACUUCAGAUUUGGUACAGAUCACCCUGAGACUAUGCUGAUCAAAAGUUAUUAAAAGCUUUUCUCUAUGUCAAGGGGCAUGGCCGCUAUGGUGCCGCAAUCGCCAUCAAAUAUAUUUGGCUUUUUGAUGGCUUCAAUGGCCUCAUCUCCUCAUGAAAAUUGAUACACAGGUCAAGAAUGGCGAGCUCUUGCAUCUGAUAGGGGCGUCCCCCAUGGGGGGGGACAAAAUGCCUCUAUAGCACCCCCUUGAAAUUUUCAAAAACCCCUCCCCAUAGGGGUUUUUUUGGAGUAGGAAGAUGAAAAUGUGUACAUAUGUGUAAGUUGCCCAGACGCACAACAAAGUCUCUGCCACCAGUGCUCUACUCCAAACAGGAAGUUGGCCAUUUUGAUUCAAACUUUUCAUUUUGGUGGCGAUUUUGUGAUUCCACACCUUGUAAUUUAACGAACUCUACAGAUACAAAAACAACAAUCAGUAGUAGGGGUGUAACGGUACACAAAAAUCUCGGUUCGGUACGUACCUCGGUACACAAGUCACAGUUCGUUUUUUUUCGGUACAGUAGUGAAAAAAAUAAACAACUAUUAAAUAUCUUUUACUUAUUGGUAACCUUAUUAAAACAUACCACCACAGCAGUUAAC